AUGUCUGGGGUCAUGGUUCUCCCGGCUGUUGCGGGCCUGGUUCUGUCUGUGUUCUCUUCUGGCGUACUGACAUCGAUCUGGGGGUACUACACUCCCUUUAUGCUGGCAACCAGCAGCAUAACACCUCCAGCUGUAGGGCUGAUAACCACUCUAGACGUCGAUGCUAAGGUCGCCAGCCUCAUCGGUUAUCAGGCGCUUUUGGGAUUUGGAGUCGGAAUCGGCUUUCAAGGCCCACAAGUAGCAGUCCAGACGAUUCUUUCUCAGAAGGACGCCCCCGUUGGCAUCGCAGUCAUCCAGUUCGCCCAAGGAAUCGGACCUGCAGUUUUUGUUACCAUUGCACAGACCUUGUUCACGCAAAAUUCCGGCUGCAAACAGACCGACGCGCAUCGACUCGUGAAUAGGGCGCACAUUGACAUCCUUGUUGGGGAAACAUUGCGCUCAAACCCCCGUGUCUAA